AUGAAUCCUGACUCUAACCUAACAGAUUUGCAAUGCGAGUAUCCAGCUAUCGAGAUUAAUUUUCAACUCAAAACCUUGCUGGCGCUGGCAUAUGGACUUGUUGGAGCUCUCAGCUUGGUUGGAAAUCUUGCUGUUUUGUUGAUUGUGAUAUGUAGAAAAGAAAUGCAAACCGUCACGAACAUAUUCAUCAGUAGCGUUUCUGCAGCCGACUUGGUUAUAACAAGUUUCUCGCUGUGGGCCACACCAUUGGCAUACUACCAACGUGUUUGGUACUUUGGAAAAUAUAUGUGCUACAUGGUAUCGGUGGUUCAAGGAUUAUCCCUGAUGUGGGUACCAUUGACUCUUGCAGCAGUUGCACUGGACCGCUACUCUCUAGUUGCUUCUCCGUUCCGACAGCCAAUGACUAAAAAAACUUGCUUAUUGAUAAUUGCUGGAAUUUGGAUGGGUGGUUUUGCCGUACUCUCGCCAAUGAUUCGAAUGGUGGAUUUUGUUGACAGCUACGGACCGUGCCAUUUCUGCUUGGAAUCGUGGGACCAUGAUAAACAACACUACCGACUAUUUUAUGGACUAUCAGUGCUUGUCAUCCGAUCUGCAAUUCCUCUUAUCCUUAUCUCACUGUGCCAUUGGAGAAUCGCCCACAUCUUGAAUACCCAGACGAAAAAAUUCCAAACACUUCGUAGUGCCAGCACGGCAACUCAUUCAACCGACAUCAAGCGUAAGCAACGUCUGCAAACCCUUCUUCUUGCGAUGGUUGUCAUUUUUGCUGUGUCUAGUCUUCCACUGGAUUUAUCCAAUGUUCUUCAAGACUUGAUCGUUGUAUAUCAGAUUCGUCCGGUACCCGAUAACGUUCGCCACUUUAUUUUCUUCUUCUGCCACUGGACUGCCAUGGCUGGAACUUUGCUCAACCCAUUGGUUUACGCGUAUUACAAUGAGAAUUUUAGACGUCAAAUUCAAACAUGUUUUGGAGAGAUGCGUGGACAAGGAGAAUUCAAACGAGGACUAUAUUCAAUUGUGUCUGGAAGAUAUUCAUACCGAGGUGACGAUGAGGGAAACAACCCGGAACGUCAAAGACAAACUACUCGCAUCGAGUUGGCUAACAAUCAAGCCGCUGAUAUCGAAGUACUUCGAACGGAUCUUUAA